AUGUCCUAUCUUCGUCUGAUGCACAUCUGUACACCCACCACAAAGGGCUCUCGCGCCACCGACAAGUCGUUCGGUGGUGCUGUAUCGCUCGUGCUGGGCGCAGGGAAUGUCAACUCAAUCACCGGAGGUGACAUCUUGUUCAAACUGUUCAACGAGCAAGAGGUGGUGUUGCUGAAGUGGAACCCUGUCAACGACUACAGUGAUGCAAACAUGCUGGCUGCGUACAAGCCCUUCUUUGACGCAGGCGUUGUGGAGGCGGUGCGAGAGGAUGGCACGCUGGGUAUGAUACGCGGUGGACC